UGGGUCAUAAUAUAGAACAUGUCGGCCUGUUUCAUAUUUUUUAAAGCGGGGUGCUUUUAAAAGGAGAAAUGUUAAAUGGAUUUAUUAAUCUUUAGAUUUUAGUGUCAGUGACUUGUUAUGGUAGUUUGCACUUUCCAUAGUGAGUGGUCUUGAUAGUCACACAUGUGGUCAACAUUAAACUGACCAGGGGGUGUUGACACAGUUGAGAUGUGUGGGAAAUAUUGAUCUGUCUAGGAAACCCUUUCCAUUGACUAAGUGAGUCCUCCAAGGAAAAGAAAACACCCUCAGUAUGUCUGCUACACCUCAUAGAAAGGACUGCACUGAUGUCAUCAUUAUUGGUUUUUUAAGACAUAAUCCUUUUUACAGGAAAUGGACCAUCAGGGAUCUGUCUGUCUUUCCUCUUAUCAGGAAAUCGUCCCUAUUACAAUGGAGGAUCCCAUUCCAAUGUUUACUUGAACAAAAAAUUAGAGAAGCUGGAUAAAAAUAAAUCAAUAGUUGAAGAGGACUUAGAAUAUCUGUCUGAAGGCUUAGAUGGGAGAUCGUCUAACCCUGUUGCUUUGCUUUUUGAUAACCUAUGUCGACCUGAUGCUGACAUGGGUGUAAACAAUCCAUCCCUGUUGUCAUGGAAACAUGAACCCAAACACAGUAUUAAUCACAUAGUUCUUGGAAAGGGUAAACCUGGAGGAGCUUGGCAGAAAAUGGAUGGGAAUAUGCAGACAUUAAGCUUAGCCAACUGGAUGGAGCUGCCAUCUCUUCCAUUUAAAGACUGGAUCAUGAAUCAUCACAUAAAAGAGGAUGAAGAGGUGUACAGGAACCGUGCCAGUGUAGCAGAUGUUAAAAAUUACUAUACCAGCUUUGUGAAACAGAAUCAGUUGAAUUCCUUCUAUAAUAAUCAUACAGUUACCUCAGUGCGAAAAGUGUUUGAUUUCAAAUCUUGCAUAGACUCAGAAAGUGGCGAGAGGUUGCCAUGUUGCAAGAACUUUAAGGACAACCAUCCAUUUUUGUGGGAAGUUAGAGGGUACAUUGAAAAUUUUGAAAAUGAUUCGGCUACAGACAAGGAGCAUGGAACUAAAUUACAUGAAGAAUUUUGUUAUAUGGCUCCUCAUGUUGUCAUAGCAACGGGUACAUUUGAUAUUUCUAAUAGACUUAAUAUACCAGGUGAAAAUCUGUCAUAUGCUGUACAUACACUUCAAGAUUUUGAAAAAUGCCUUGUGGAAAGACGAAAAUAUUCUUCAUUGGACCCCAUUUUGAUUGUAGGGUCUGGUCUGAGUGCAGCAGACGCCAUACUUAUGGCACUAGAAUCAAACGUUUCAGUGAUUCAUGUUUUUAGGAAAGGUCCAAAUGACCCCAGUAUUAUUUUCAAGAAGCUGCCUGCAGGCAUUUACCCUGAAUACCACCGAGUUCAUGCCUUGAUGAAAAAUAAGAUAUCGGACCCCCUGUAUAAGUCCUACUGCAAACAUCAAUUAAUUGAUUUAAAAGAUGACCAAGGAGCACUUUUAGAGUCAACAGAUAGCAAAGACAUAAUUUCUGUAGAUAUAUCUAUGGCUGUGAUAUUAAUAGGAUCUCGUCCUGAUUUAUCAUUCCUCCCAUAUGAAGCCAAAAACUUAGGUGUUGUACCAAGAUAUCCAAUAGAAUGUAAACCUAAUCCAUUAGAUGUGGACCAGUAUAGUUUUCAGUGCAAUCAUGAAGUUGGACUUUUUGCAAUGGGACCAUUGGUAGGAGAGAAUUUUGUGAGAUUUGGUUUGGGCGGUUCCUUAGGAAUUAGCAAUUUUCUGUACAAAAAGAAACAGAAGGACUGUUUGUAAUGAAGAAAUCUACAUUUUUUUGUUCUCAUCAUAAUACUGUUCGGAGAAAUACAUGUAUUACUUUUAUUUAUUGCUAUUUGUACUUUUGUAAAAUGACAAUAAUUUUUUAUACUACAUUGUCUUUCAAGAAUACACAUGUCAAUUUGACUAACGUGGUAGAAAAAUCAUAUUAAAUAAUUUGAAAGUUUCA